CGUGUAGGAGCUUUCCCACUCUUCCGUGUUCCUCUGCUGCUGCCUCUAUCACAGGUGCGAACGAGACUCUGCGAGUUGCUUAGGAGAGCCGAGGAUAUUAGGUUGCAUUGACGGACUAAGUAAAGCACACGCUGACUGGCGGUAUCUCACGGCUUGCAAAAUGGUCGAAUAACAAUAACUAACCGUAGUCUGUUGUGGUUGUAUUCGGCAGAAGGAGAGUGUAGCUUAGCCAGCUAAUAAACAGUUAGCACGCUAGCUACAAUACACUGACUGCUAGGCUGCGGUGCGGCUUUAUUUCGGUAGAGCUGCUGCUCGGACUAGAGCUUGUUUCUCAACCAUGUUCGUACAAGAAGAGAAGAUCUUCGCAGGGAACGUGUUGAAGAUCCAUAUCUGUACCAUGGAGGGCACUGAGUGGAUGGAGGAAGUCACAGAAGAUAGCACUAUAGAGAAGCUGAAGGAGAAAUGCCUGAAGCACUGUGUGCAUGGGAAUCUAGAGGACCCCAAAACCAUCACGCAUCACAAACUCAUUCACGCAUCUACAGAGCGGAUUCUAACCGAAUCCAAAACCGUCGCAGAUGAAAACCUUAAAGAUAAAGACUGCUUGUUAUUGAUAAAGAAGAGAGCGCAAGCACCCAAUCCUAAAAUGACAGACGUAUCUGCGGAAGAGAAGAAGAAGCAGGAGAGCAAGGCUCCUGAUAAAGAUGCUAUACUCAAAGCCACUGCAAAUUUGUCCAUUCGUCACUCGGACCGCACUGUUACACAGCACAACAUCAGAGACUUCCAAACAGAACUGAGGAAGAUUCUGGUGUCGCUCAUCGAGGUAGCGCAGAAGCUCCUCGCUUUGAAUCCAGAUGCUGUUGAACUUUUCAAAAAGGCCAACGCGAUGUUGGAUGAGGAUGAUGAGGAACGUGUGGAUGAGAACGCGCUGCAGCAGCUGACCGAAAUGGGUUUCCCAGAGAGCCGUGCAGUCAAAGCACUGCGCCUUAACCACAUGUCUGUAACACAGGCUAUGGAGUGGCUGAUCGAGCACGUCGACGACCCCACAGUCGACACACCCCUGCCGGGCCAGGAAGCUCAAGGAGCAGCCGGAUCUUCAGCGCCUGUGUCUGUGUCUGCAGGUCCUCCUGCUACGGCUCAAGCAGCCACCGUCUCAAAGUCCAACGCUGAGGAAGCUAAGCAGGACGAGCUGACAGAGAUCUUUAAGAGGAUCCGGAGGAAACGAGAGUUCAGGCCGGACUCACGGGUUAGUGCCGUUUCACAAGAGGCAGUGAUUGCACUGAUGGAGAUGGGAUUUGAUGAAAAGGAAGUGAUUGACGCCCUCAGGGUCAAUAAUAAUCAACAGGAUGCUGCUUGUGAAUGGUUGCUCGGUGACAGAAAGCCUUCAGCUGAGGAUCUCGAUAAGGGCAUUGACACUGACAGCCCUCUGUUUCAAGCCAUACUGGAGAAUCCUGUGGUCCAGCUCGGCCUCACCAACCCCAAAAUACUGCUGGCGUUUGAGGACAUGCUGGAGAACCCUCUGAACAGCACACAGUGGAUGAAUGACACUGAGACCGGCCCUGUCAUGCUCCAGAUAUCCAGAAUCUUCCAGACACUCAACCGCACAUAAAGCACAUCAUAUCUCUGGAGUUUCUACAAACAGGACAGGCUUAUUCACUAAUAAGGGAAGUGUGUGUGUGCAAUUGUGUGUGUGUGGCCGGUACGCUAAGUUACAGUGAGCAAUGAAUGUAACAAUAAUAACAGGAUGGGAAUUUUUCAGUUUUAAAUAUUAUACAGAUAUCUAUUUAUAACUGACAGAACACUUGUAAAAAAACAAACCAAAAAACAACAAAUGUAAACAUUAACUUGAUAACAACUGACAAAUGCUCGCUUCACUAUUUUUUUUAUUUUAUAUAAGCUGUUUUUAAUUCUUUUAAGUAGAUAUUUUAUUUUAUAUAUUUUCUCCAUGUAAAGGCAUCCAGAAAAAAAUAACUGUUUGCACUGCAGGAAAAACUGUCAGAUGUUUCAUGCCUCAUUAUUAAUCUCUUCAAAUAUCAGAAUACACAUUACCAGAUGACUAGGAUGAUGAUUAUUUAUUUUAUUUUAUUAUUUAUUCUUUUUGAAAUGCAGGUUGUGCAAAUACAUUUACUGAUAUUACAUUCUAACACGAGCGAGAACAAAACGCGCUAUUUUCAUUUAAAGUCCACAUGAGCUACAUUAGCCAACAGCUUUACAAAUACUUUCUCAUUUCAGGCCUGUGGAAGAACAUUGUUAGGAUGUUUUUUAUGAUGUGGACCUUUCUGCUGGUGGACUUAAUGCCAUCAAUGGCUCAUCCCAUUGCACCACUUAAUGUGUUUCUUUUAUUUAGAGAAAAAGUUUUGAGCGUUUCAAUCUUGAAUUUAUAGACAUAUUGUGUACGUCUAUGCUUCAAGGUGAAAGGUAAAUAUCAAAGGAGUUCCUUGAGUGUACGCAUUUGUGAUGUUGCCACAUAGAUAGCUUGUGCUAUUCUGCUGCUCUUUCAGGAUUUUUUUCUGCUUCACUUCAGCUGUCAAGAUUUCCGCAAUGAAAAGUCUAAUAUGCAAAAGAAGAAAGCAGUAAAACAUCUCAAAAAAAAAAAAGAAAGAAAAGGUUGCUGACUUCUCUCUCCCUUGUUCGAUCGCUUUACAGCAGCACUAAUUUCCCAGAUGAUGCGAUUACCUGGAAACCUUAAGCUUCUCUAUCUAAUACAACGCCAUAGUGAUGGAGUUGCUUCUUUUUUUAUUCUUGUUUCUUAUUUCAGAUCGUUUUUCAUAAAAUAGCCAUACAUAAAAGAUGUGAAAAGGUGGCUACCGUGAAUAUGAACUAAUAAAAAAAACAGCUCCUGGUUUGCAACAUUUUUUUUCAUCCUGUCAUAUUUGCUUUAAAUCUCAAAGCUUCAGGUCUUGGUGUGAGGCCAUGCCGGAUAUUUCAUUUACACUUGUGUUUAUUGAAACUCCUGGCUUUUGUAAAUUGGAUCCUGCUCCAUUUGUUUCCAAUUGUUUGGCACCGGUUAGAAAAACCUAUUAUGACUGACAAGAGAUUGGUGCUCUAUAUGUCAGGUCACAUGCUUCAUUUAGCUUUUAUUUGUGCCAUGUUUACACCGAUGUUACAGUUUGUAGGCAGUUGCAGAUCCGCAGAGUUCAGAUCCUGAUUGUAGUGCGGUGCAAUGAACAGAAACUUUAGUGUGGUCAGGUUUGGCUCUUCACAAAUACUUCUUUUUGUCAGUUGCUUACUAUUACUUUAUUUAAAAAAACACUUUUCAAAGGAAGCAUCUGAAACCUAAAGGAAAGUUUCUCAAACACUGCAUUUUUAAUAAAAAUCUAAAUCCAAAGCGGCUACUUGUAAGGAUUGUGUAUGACAGGAUGACACUAUGGACUAAAAUCUAUUCAUUAAUAUCUAAUAAAAUCCACGAAAAUGUUCUAAAUGUUAAAAUACUUGGGACUGUUUGUGACUUAGUUACAUUUACACUUGGAUACCAAAGUAAUCAUGAUUUCUUCUCUCAUUUUACUUGUGAUGUGUGUGUUGGACAUCACUUUAUUUCCUCCUCCUUUAAUUCUUUCUUUUGCAGGACUGACUCAGUAUUUGUAAUGGUUUUUCGCUCUGUUUGCUCAGGGGGGAUUAGAGAUCUACAGCAGGGAGAAGAUUGCAUUACUGUUGCAAUUAUCUGAAAUCUAUUUAACGAUUAAAAAGCGCUGAAACUGAAUGCUUAGCAAGCUAAUGUGUAAUACUCCGAUUUAUUUAAAUACUCUUAAUCACCUUAAGUGUUUCCUAUUUAUUAUUUUGAUGUGUUUCUUGUUUGUGUAUGAAUACAUCUGUUUAGUCCAUCAGCUGAUUGUUUUUUAAGACUUAACAUCUUGGGAAUGCAGCAUAACCAAUUUUCCUUCAGUGGCCUCUGUAUUACCUUUUAACGAACAAUCGUCAGUGUUUGAAAUCAUUCUCUACACCAGUCAUUGUUCUAAGCAAUACACUACUCUACUCACUCUCCGUUCACUAUCCAAUAGUAUAUAUUUCUUAUCACUGUGUGUUUACAAUCACGCUGUGUCUAAUAAUAUCAUGUGAAAUCUCUGUACAGACUUUGUGUAAAGGUUUAUUCAGUUUUGUUUAAAAAAAAAAGAGGAGGAGGUUGGUUACAGCAGUAUCACACUAAGCUCUGUAUUUACAUCAUGUUAGAAACACUGAGCUUAAAUGCUUGCUUGUGUGUUGCUCAUAUUUAACGAUUGUGUCACAGAUACAACAAUUUACAGCUUCCUAUACAUUGCUGUUCUUUAAGCUCAAGCAAUGUAAAAAUAAAAUGACUGUUUCUGUUUUUCACAUUGUGUACACUCUACACAUCUACACAGAAGUUGACAAACUUGCUUUUGUUUUAUUACAAAUAAAAAGGUUUGACAUGUAUGGA